AUGGGCUGCUGUCUCUCCCGUCCCCAGGGCUCUAAAGCCCCCUACCCGGGUCCGACCAACACGGGCUCCGCGAGAGCUAUCAACUCUGCGCCCGCCUCCGUUCAUCGCGAUGAUGACUCUCCUGCCGAAACAACACAGACCUCCUCCGGUCGCCGUCGGGGCCGCCACUCCAGUAUGCCUCUCGACAAGCACAUCAACAAGCCUCUGCGCCGCCACGUCUGGACUUCUAAGGGUCGCGCCUGGACCCGUGUCGCAAUAGACCGCGAGCGAAGAGACUUCUUUGACACCCGCGUUACUGGCCGCCCAGAAGUCUGGCAGUCUUUGCGCGCAGCCCUCGAGGUUAUCUGGGACCCCGUCAGCCAGGGUGCCGCUGACGACGGCACCGAUGGUCUUGCGACAGCGCAAGGCAUUCUUAAUGCGGCAGAGAUCACUCUUCCCACAGGUGAUCUUGCUCAGGGUGCAUACGAUCAACUGGGCAACUACUAUCCCCUGUCUGAGUGGCUUGUCGCCGAUCCCACGAAUUUGGUAGAGGACGAUGCCACGAUUGAUGGCGCCGACGAAGCGCUCUCUACUAGAGACCUCAAGGACGAUCUUGCGGGAGGAGAGGAGACUACGGAGGAGCUGGACGAGGACGACAACGUCCGCCGGAGAGAAGAGAAGGGUAAGGCCGUCGUCGACGCCCGGGACCAGCUCUCCGUUCUAGCCCGCCUGAGCGAGACUGCGCGCGAUGUCACUGUCAGCUUCGUCAAGAGCGAUAGCGUCAGAACUGUUGCUCGUAAGAUCCAGGAGCAGUCAGGACUCGCUAGCACCAAAAAGAUUCGCAUCGCCUAUAUGGGCAAGAUCCUUAAGGACAAUCUCUCCCUCGCUGAACAGGGCUGGGCAGAGGGUCAUGUGGUCAACGCCCUCGUUUUCGACAGAUAG